GAGAGGAGCAGAGAAGCAAGCGAGCACGGCGGCAGGGAAGAGAGAGAGAGAGCGAGAGAGAGAAAGGGAGGAGAAGGGGGUUCUCGAAACCCUAGAAAUUUGCGACGAGGUAAAAAGGAAGGUCGGUUCCUUUCUCUGGGCAUUAACGAUCACUAAGAAUCUGUUUUCUGGGCAUGGAUUGGUGGGCAUAACUUGUUCCAUUGUGAUUUAGAGAUUGUUUUAUUGCGUACCUCAGUAUUUUCUCCCGUCGGUACAACCAACAUUUGAACUGGAGCGUUUAGGGAAUCCCGGUACCAUGUCUUCCUUGAGCAGGGAGCUUGUUUUCCUUAUUCUGCAAUUCUUGGAUGAAGAGAAGUUCAAAGAUACUGUUCACAAGUUGGAACAAGAAUCAGGCUUCUACUUCAAUAUGAAGCAUUUUGAGGAUCAGGUUCUUGCGGGGGAGUGGGAGGAGGUUGAAAAGUAUCUCUGUGGGUUCACAAAGGUUGAAGACAAUCGAUAUUCCAUGAAGAUUUUCUUUGAGAUAAGGAAGCAGAAAUAUCUAGAAGCAUUGGAUAGGCAUGAUCGAGCUAAGGCUGUUGAGAUACUUGUCAAGGAUCUCAAAGUCUUUGCUUCUUUUAAUGAAGAACUCUUCAAAGAGAUAACUCAGUUGCUCACCCUGGAUAACUUCAGACAGAAUGAGCAACUAUCCAAGUACGGGGAUACAAAGUCAGCCAGGAAUAUAAUGCUUAUGGAGCUUAAGAAGCUCAUUGAGGCCAAUCCACUGUUUCGAGAGAAACUGACGUUCCCAGCAUUUAAAAAUUCUAGACUUCGAACUUUGAUCAACCAAAGUCUUAACUGGCAGCAUCAGCUAUGCAAGAAUCCACGCCCGAAUCCUGAUAUUAAAACACUUUUCACUGAUCACUCAUGUGCUCCUACUAACGGGACGCGCCCUCCUCCCCCAACCAAUGCCCCCCUUGUUGGUCCUAUUCCUAAAACUGCAGCAUUUCCUCCACUUGGAGUUCAUAGUCCAUUCCAACCAGUUGUUUCUCCAUCUCCUAGUGCUAUUGCUGGGUGGAUGUCUGGUUCUAAUCCUUCCAUACCACAUGCUGCUGUGGCUCAGGGACCACCAGGUCUUGUGCCACCUCCAAAUGCUGCUGCAUUUUUGAAGCAUCCCAGAACUCCAACAAGCGCUCCUGGAAUGGACUAUCAGACAGCUGAUUCUGAACACCUAAUGAAGAGAAUGCGCACUGGACAAUCUGAUGAGGUAUUGGAGUACAAAAGACGUCUUCCAGAAUCUACAGUUUCUUUCUCUGGUCCAUCUCAUCCAGCUAAUAUUUAUUCACAAGAUGAUCUUCCUAGAAUUGUUGUACGGACCCUUAAUCAGGGCUCUAGUGUUAUGAGCUUGGACUUUCAUCCCACUCAACAGACAAUACUUCUAGUUGGAACAAAUGUUGGUGACAUCGGAAUAUGGGAAGUUGGAUCUCGUGAGAGGAUAACACACAGGACAUUCAAGGUUUGGGACAUAACAGCUUGUUCAACAACCUUACAGGCAGUGCUAGUGAAGGAUGCCACAAUAUCUGUCAAUCGAUGUUUGUGGAGUCCUGAUGGAUCUAUCCUUGGUGUUGCAUUUUCAAAACAUAUUGUCCAGAUAUAUGCUUUUCUAUCUAAUGGAGAAUUGAGGCAGCAAAUGGAGAUUGAUGCUCAUACAGGUGGAGUUAAUGACAUUGCCUUUUCACAUCCCAACAAGGUUUUAUGUAUAAUCACCUGUGGUGAUGAUAAAACUAUUAAGGUGUGGGAUGCCACAACAAGACAGCAGCUGCAUAUAUUUGAAGGUCAUGAAGCUCCUGUAUAUUCUGUAUGCCCUCACUACAAGGAGAAUAUCCAGUUCAUUUUCUCCACGGCUAUUGAUGGAAAAAUCAAAGCAUGGCUCUAUGAUUGUAUGGGGUCUAGAGUUGACUAUGAUGCUCCUGGGCACUGGUGUACUACCAUGGCAUAUAGUGCAGAUGGAUCAAGGCUUUUUUCUUGCGGAACUAGUAAGGAUGGCGAGUCGCAUUUAGUUGAGUGGAAUGAGACUGAAGGAUCCGUUAAAAGGACUUAUUCUGGCUUCAAGAGACGUUCUUUGGGUGUUGUCCAGUUUGAUACAACCAGGAAUCGCUUCUUAGCUGCUGGAGAUGAAUUCAUGAUCAAGUUUUGGGAUAUGGACAAUAACAGUAUAUUGAUGACUACAGAUGCAGAUGGCGGUUUGCCUGCAAGCCCUCGACUAAGAUUUAAUAAAGAGGGUUCAUUGCUUGCUGUCACAGCAAAUGAAAAUGGCAUCAAGAUCUUGGCAAAUGCUGAUGGACAACACUUAAUAAGGAUGUUGGAGACUAGGCCAUUUGAUGGUUCUCGGGGCCCUUCCAACAUUAAGCCUUCGGUUGGAAACGUGAUUAAUGCUGUUCCUGGUCCCCAAGCAUCAAACCUUGAGCUUGCCGACAGAAUUUCACCUGCAGUGCCGAUGACUAGCCUGGUUACUAUUGAUAACAGCAGAACAGUAGAUGUUAAACCAAGAAUCUCUGAAGAUGCAGAAAAAAUGAAGAGCUGGAAAUUGGCAGAUAUUGUUGAUUCGGCCCACCUGAAGGCCUUGCGAUUGCCUGACACCAUGACAACAUCAGCCAAAGUUGUCCGACUGUUGUAUACAAAUUCUGGGCUAGCUGUGUUGGCUCUCACUCUCAAUGGGAUCCACAAGCUGUGGAAAUGGAACCGCACUGAAAGAAACCCAUCAGCAAAGUCGUCAGCGUCUGUUGUACCUCAGAUGUGGCAUCCUUCUAAUGGUAUUGUGAUGUCUAAUGAUACAAGUGACAAUAAUACAGCUGAGGAGUCAACUGGCUGUAUAGCUUUAUCUAAGAAUGACUCCUAUGUCAUGUCUGCAUCUGGUGGAAAGGUCUCAUUGUUCAACAUGAUGACAUUCAAGGUCAUGACAACUUUCAUGCCGCCACCACCUGCUGCCACCUAUUUGGCAUUUCAUCCACAAGAUAAUAACAUUAUUGCAAUAGGAAUGGAUGACUCUACCAUUCAGAUUUACAACGUCCGAAUUGAUGAGGUUAAAACAAAACUCAAGGGCCAUCAGAAGAAGAUUACAGGACUCGCCUUUUCUCAGUCAAUGAAUAUGCUAGUCUCUUCAGGGGCAGAUGCACAGCUAUGCAUGUGGAGCAUUGAUGGGUGGGAGAAGAGAAAGUCGAAAUUUCUUCAAGUGCCUCCUGGUCGUGGUACUCCAUUAGUGGGUGAAACAAAAGUGCAAUUCCACAAUGACCAGACUCAUUUACUGGUUAGUCACGAGAGCCAACUGGCAAUCUAUGACGGCAAGCUUGAAUGUGUUCGAUCGUGGUAUCCUAGAGAGACACUUGCAGCACCUAUUUCAAGUGCGAUAUAUUCUUGUGAUGGGCAAUUGGCAUAUGUCGGUUUCUGUGAUGGUGCAGUUGGUGUCUUUGAUGUCGACAACUUGAGGCUUCGUUGCCGGAUUGCACCUUCUGCCUACAUAUCUCCUGUUGCUAGUGCCGCGAAUAUCUAUCCAUGGGUAAUUGCAGCCCACCCAUCUGAGCCUAACCAAAUAGCAUUGGGAAUGACCGACGGGGCGGUGCAUGUUAUUGAGCCAUCAGACAUGGAACCAAAAUGGGGCGUGCCACCGCCUCCGGAGAAUGGACCUCUCCCGACCAUCUCCUCAAACAACAGUCUGACCGCACAGGCUUCAGAAUCUCAGAGGUAGUAGUGCCGAGGCACCAAUCCUGCUGAGAGUUUUAAGUAGGGGGCAAUUCUAGUUUUAUCUGUUAUGUUUUUAAUUUUUUGAUCCAACAUAAUGUGUUACUGCUACCCUGGUUUUCUCCUUGUAAAGCUGCUGAUAAUUCUUUAUAGGAGUAGUGAUCUUGAAAUGUAAAGAAUGUUUAUGUUUAGAAACAUGUUCCUCUGGUACUGAUUUUGUUGUUUUAAGUUACAAAAUAUGGUUGUAUGUUCAUUUGAA